AUGUCCCUUUUAUACCCUUCGCCCAACGACCGCAGAGAUGCUCAUGACCAUUUGGAAGUGAGAGAUGAGUUCAAGGAAGAAAUAUCCAGAUCUCUCAAAGACGAGAAGUUGAAAAAUCGGUACAAGUGGUCUUUCGAGACUGUUCAAGGCUUCUUCGCUCAAUCCGAUGAGAAAACUGAUGACGUGGAAUUCAAUUACGCUUUCAACAAUAUCGGAAGACUCAAAAGCUGGGACCAGCUCAUAGCUGACUUGAAAGAGUUGAACAGGAAUGCUAAGCCUAACGAGGUGUUCAAAUUGGUGGUCUCUGCCAGGCAUGGUGAAGGCUUCCACAAUGUGGUCGUUGAUAAGCACGGGGCCUUAGCGUGGGAGGAGAAAUGGAGCCACCUCAAUAGCGAUGGGGAGUAUGAGUACGGCCCUGAUGCCAUGCUCUCUGAGAAGGGCAUUAACCAGGCUAAGCAGAACCACGAUGUGUGGCAGAAGGAGAUUGAAGAGCACGGUGCCCCAUUGCCUGAUAAGUUCUUUGUCUCUCCAAUGCGAAGAUCUAUGUGGACAUUGAUAUACACUUGGGAAGGACUUCGAAACAAGGACCAGCGUGCACUCAUUGUGGAAAACUUGAGAGAGCGCUACGGUAACCACACUUGCAACAAGAGGAGCUCGAAGCAAGUGAUUGAAGAAAGAUUUGGGGAAUAUGGCAUUGAAUUUGAGGAUGGUUUUACUGAAGAAGACGAGCUUCAUGAGGAAGUUCAAGAGACACACUUCCAUCAUUGCCUCAGGACUAAUGAUUUCUGCCAGGAGCUUUUUGAACAGGAUUGGGAUGCAAAAUCUGGCUCGGUUGACAAAGAGAAAGCUUUGGCGAACUCGUUUAUUUCUACUACUUCUCAUGCUGGUACCAUCAGUGAGCUUUUGACCGUUUUUCAACAUAGACCGUUUGCUAUUUCUACCGGAGGAAUGAUUCCUGUGGUUGUUAAAGCAACUAGAAGAGAGUAA